AUGAGCCCAACGCAAUCACUAGACCAUGGAGGCUGUGAUACAGGUAACAAUUGUAACAAGAAGUCACGUCAAAAAAACCUUUGGUCAGCCCUUUCAACGAACGACAUACGCCUGCAGCAGUCCAGGAUCGUCGGAGGGCAGGACGCCCCGGAAGGCAGAGUGCCCUAUCAGGUGUCUCUACGAAGUAUCUUUGACUCUCACUUCUGUGGAGGCUCCAUCUUGAACCAGAGAUGGGUCCUCACAGCCGCUCAUUGCACUGUUGGCCAAUCCAGCUCGUACAUCCGCGUGGUGGUAGGCACCAACAGCCUCCUGGUAGGAGGUGAGAGAUAUUCCGUGGACGCCAUAAUCAACCACGAAGGUUUCAACAAUGCUCUCAUAACCAACGACGUCUCCCUUCUGAAAGUCUCCAGAGACAUAGAGUUCAAUGACCGAGUUCAACCUAUUCAGCUACCUGAUGACAAUACUGAAGGUGGAGCCCAGCUGCUGCUCAGCGGUUGGGGAAGGGUUUCUUACCCUGGGGACCUCCCGAUCCAGCUGCAGAUGAUCAACCUGACGGCAUUGAGCGUGGAAGUCUGUCAGGACAUCUACAGCAACAUCAACCCAGUCUUCGCCAAUCAGAUCUGCUCGCUCACCAAGACUGGAGAAGGUGCUUGCCAUGGUGACUCGGGAGGCCCCCUGGUAGAAAACAGCAAAGUCGUCGGCAUAGUGUCUUGGGGCAUGCCCUGCGCUCGAGGCUACCCUGACGUGUACACCCGGGUCUACUCCUUCAAGUCCUGGAUCCUGGAGAAGCUCUCAGAGGACGCGGCUUUGUAGGCAGUUAUAUAUAACGCCUAUUCCACGCCG